CUUUCCGGCAUUGUGGCAAAACGACUCUGUCGUUUUGCGCCGUCUGGCAAACUCUGAGCAUAGCGCCUGCAGGCAGUGUUCCGCCAUGGCGUCCCCCUUCAGCGGGGCGCUGCAGCUGACUGACCUGGAUGACUUCAUCGGGCCGUCUCAGGAUUGUAUCAAGCCCAUGAAGGUGGAUAAGAGGCAAGGAAGCGGCAUGGCCAAGAUCCACAUCGAAGAUGACGGUAGUUACUUCCAAAUCAGUCAGGACGGAGGGACACGAAAGCUGGAGAAGGCCAAGAUCUCACUGGAUGACUGUCUGGCGUGCAGUGGCUGUGUCACCUCAGCAGAGACUGUGCUUAUCACUCAGCAGAGUCAUGAGGAGCUGCGGAAGGUUCUAGAUGCCAAUAAGACAGUGGUGCCUGGUCAGCAGAAGCUGGUUGUCAUUUCGGUCUCACCCCAGUCCAGAGCAUCGCUGGCUGUGAGAUUUCAGAUGAAUCCUACAGACACUGCCAGGAAGUUAACUGCCUUCUUUAAAAAACUAGGGGCACACUAUGUGUUUGAUACUGCCUUCUCGAGGAACUUCAGUCUCCUAGAGAGCCAGCGAGAGUUUGUGCGGCGAUUCCGAGGACAGGCCGACUCCAAGCAAGCCUUGCCUGUGCUGACUUCCGCCUGCCCAGGCUGGAUCUGCUAUGCUGAGAAGACCCACGGGAGCGCCAUCAUCCCUUACAUCAGCACCGCCCGGUCUCCACAGCAGGUUAUGGGGUCCCUGGUCAAGGACUUCUUUGCCCAGCAGCAGCAUGUGACCCCCGACAAGAUCUACCAUGUGACAGUGAUGCCCUGCUAUGACAAAAAGCUGGAAGCGUCCAGACCCGACUUUUUCAACCAGGAGCAGCAGACACGCGAUGUAGAUUGUGUUGUCACGACAGGAGAAGUUUUCAAGUUGCUGGAAGAAGAAGGAGUCUCGUUGUCAGAACUGGAGCCAGCCCCACUGGAUGGUCUGUACAGCAGCGUGUCCACCCAGGAGCCCACCAGCCAUCGAGGUGGGGGCUCAGGUGGCUACUUGGAGCAUGUGUUCCGGCAUGCAGCCCAGGAGCUCUUUGGAAUCCAUGUGGAUGAGGUCACCUACAGGCCACUGAGGAACAAGGAUUUCCAGGAGGUGACGCUGGAGAGUGAGGGCCGAGUCCUACUGCACUUCGCCGUGGCUUAUGGCUUCCGCAAUAUCCAGAACCUGGUGCAGAAGCUCAAGCGAGGGCGCUGCCCAUACCAUUACGUGGAGGUCAUGGCCUGCCCUUCAGGUUGCUUGAAUGGUGGAGGCCAGCUCAAGGCCCCUGACACACCCAGCAAGGAGCUUCUUCAGCAUGUUGAGAGGCUGUACAGCAUGGUCAGGACAGAGGAGCCAGAGGAUGUACCUGGGGUCCAAGAGCUCUACCGGCACUGGCUGCAUGGCGAAGGCUCGGAGCAGGCCAGCCGCCUACUACACACGAGCUACCAUGCGGUAGAGAAGGCCAACUCUGGCCUCAGCAUCAGGUGGUAGGAGGGCCCACUGCAGCCAGUGCCAGGACCCCUGGGAAGGCCACACCGGGUCUCCAGUAGGGAAGUCACCCUGAGACCUCAGGGCUUACGCCCCAAAUGCUGGGUGAGCUGCAAGGAUGCACUGGAACUUGUGUAGAGAUAGGACUCAGGACCCCACAGCCAGUAAAGUUGACCUCUAGCACUGGAGGCCAGAGGUUCCACAAGAUUCUGGAACCUCUUCAUAGGCCCACAUCCAUGGCACUUCCCUUGCUUCUCCUGGUUGUGGUGGUCCAAGUGUGUGUGGCAGUUUCAGCCAGUCCUAAGGAGCUUAAGGCAGAGCAGAAGUAGGGGUUUGUUUGUUUCCCAUUUCUAGAGUUAUCCCUGAAGCUGGGGUGGGCCGGACUUGCCAGGCUAGUCAAGCUUGCAGCCCAGCAUGGAGAACCCGACUGCACUUGGCAGCAGAGGACACUGGCAAGAAAGGGGCACCCAGCCCAUGGCACUCCAUGCUGGGGAAGUGGUACCCACUCUACCUGGCCUCCAGGGCCCGAGGACCUGUGUUUUCUGAGCCAAGUUCCAAGUGGGAAGCAAGUUCUGUGGUGCCUCAGUUACCUCUCUGGCUGAGUCCUAUCUCCACGGCUGGAUCCUCACUUACUGGGGUGAGA